UUCUCUCCAAGGGAUAAUCAGUGAGUGAUUGCUAAGCAGGAGAUGGGGGAGGGGAAGGAGACAGCAGGGAAGCCUUGCAAACUCCCUUGGUCUCUUUUAUUUAGUGUCUGCACAACCUUAAGGCAGCUCCAAAUCGCCAAUCGCAGUCUAACAAAACAAAAAUAAGGGAUCCCUUGUGACAAAAAAAAAGCAACAGGGUGAAGGCGAAAAACAGGAAAAAUCCAGAGCUGAUUGUUCAUUCACGUUUGAAGCAGGAAGAGAGAGUUCUCCUGAGUCAGCCCUGCACAGUCACCUCUCUGUAUGAACAUAGGAGAUCGGAUCUUCAGGUUGUACCAGGAAGGGAAUCCAAUUAAGGAAACUUUGGAUCUGGAGAGGUCCCUCUUUGAUAGCACUGCCACUGGAUUUAUUCUGGAUUUUCUGUUUGAACAGGUGGCUUCUGGAAAACUCUGCAAAGUGAAAAUAAUAGGAAGAAAGAGGAGGAGGAGGGGGAGUCACAACGUUGUGUGGCUGAGGCUUGAGUGAACAGGAUCCAGAAGCACAGAUCGUAUUUUUUCAUUGCUGUAUUUUGCACAAGAUCCGAAAAGAUCCAUGUCACCUGCUCUCAUGAUUGCCACUGAAGACAGGACAUGGACAUUGUGCUUGGAGGUGUAGCAGGCCCAGGUUGGACUUUUGGAGAGCAUAUGUAGACAGGGACCAGUUUUUUUAUUACUUAUUUUAUUUAUUGUUUUCCUUUUUAAUAAGUCCAGAUCCACUAGUUUUAGACUUAAAUGUUCAACACUGCCUGCCCAUGACUUUCUAGUGCUCUAAGAGCUUCAGAAAGUGAGUUGUUUCUCAACUGAGAUCUUAAGUAUAAACAAAGUAUCUCUUGGCUGCUUGAGACCAAAUAUUUCAUUUUUUCAGAAUAGCUGGGAAGUUUUUGAUCACCAUCUGUUUAUGGAGUGGAUUCUCAUUUAGGAGUUUUAUUGACCUUUGGAGAACUGGAGAUAGGAGUGUCCCUACUGCCGAGAUCAUGGAUAACUUGGACUCAAGAACUGGACAGGAGAGGUUCCUAAGUCAGGAUAUGAGGGUGCAUCCAGGGCACACGGUGAUGGUGGACAGAAAGACUCUUGAAGGUUACAGGCUUGUGGAUGUAUUAAUUACCGGUGGAGCUCCUUGGGGAUUUACCUUAAAAGGUGGAAGAGAACAUGGAGAGCUUCUGAUCAUCACCAAGGUUGAAGAUGGGAGUAAAGCCGCAGAUAUCUUAAUGGCUGGUGAUGAACUAGUUAAUAUAAAUGACCAACCACUCUCCGGUUACCGCCAGGAGGCCAUUGCUCUGGUGAAGGGGUCUUACAAGACACUGAAAAUGAUAGUGAAGAGGAGAAAUGAUAUUGCAUGUAGGCCGCAUUCCUGGCAUUCGGCAAAGUUUCUUGAAAAUCCAAUGGAGACCCCACAGCUGUCUAAUUCCAGUGUCGGUUCUUCCUGGAAUUCCAAAUACCACUCCAGCUCUUCAUCUCAUGACCUGACAAACCCUUGGGAGCAAACAAAUUUGCAGAGGACCUCCGGACACUUCAGCUCCAUGGGUAGUAUGGACAGUAUUGAUCAAACCUAUCAGUUUGGAAGACUCUCCUCUGCCAAAUCUAAUAACAGUAUAGAUCAUUUAGGAAACCAAAAUAAGAGAGAUUCAGCCUAUGGCUCUUUUUCAACUAGUUUUAUGAACCCUGAUCACAUCCUGUCUAAAUCUGGUUCUACUUCAACUGACAACAUUCUGUAUACAGUCGAUGAAUGGGAUAACACAAAGCAAGGGUAUGGCAAAGCAAGUCAGCUUUUGAAUGAAUAUCGAGAAAGUGAAGAUAAACCAGUAUACCAAACUCCUCCCAACGUUUAUGAAUCUAAUAAAACACAGAGGACGGAUGAAAUAACUGAUGGUAGACAUUCCAGCAGAUCCAACUUUGGACCAGUUUGGUAUGUUCCUGAUACGAAAAAAACAACUUCUUCCCCUCCUCCCCCGCUUCCGCCUCUACGCAGUGAUAGCUAUGCAGCAACAAAAAGUCAUGAGAAGCCUUCUGGAAUUGCCCACUCAGACAUUACACCAAGCACACAGCACUUUACUGUUGCAAAUAUGCCUCACCAAAGGUCUGACCUGAACCCUGAGAUCCCUGAUUACCAACAAAGACUUGUGAAAGUUACUGACAGGACUUUAGCAGAUAUGAGAAGAAUUAGUAAUUCUUCUUACCACACUGACAAUUUUAAUCAAGGUGCAUCCUCCCACAAUGACAGAUAUCAUAACAAUGCACCCAAUGCCAGCAGAUUGCAGUCUUUAUCCACCAACGAUGUCCGAUAUGCGCAACCUACUUACAAUCAUCAUCACCAGCGGCAAUACAGUGAUGAAAGCACUUUUUAUCAAAAUACAAGAGCUUCUGUUUCACAUAAACCACAGCAGCAGCAAAUAUCUUAUUAUCCAGGUGCCCCUGAAUUGUCCGAGUCAUCUCUUCUGUACACUCAACGUCAAGCCAGAGUCUCUGGUUCUUCUUUGGACAACAACAGUGGAAAACAGAAGGUGGAUAACAGUAGCCAGAGUCGUAUUAACAAUGUCAGUACAAAACAGCCACCUCAGGAAACCACAGCGCAUCAUUAUAUAGAGGACCAUCGUAAACCACAAACAAGUUCUGAUAGACCAUCUAUUCAUCAUGAAAAUGUGGCCACUUACACCCAAGUGACCGGUCACUUUCUACCUCAACAAAUUGGUGAACCUUCCCUAGAAAACUGUGAAACAUUUAACCUAAAGAUAUCUGAGAAAAGUGAUGGCCACUUCAGUAACAAUGCAACAGUCACUCAAAAGAAAAAUACAGAUUAUUUCGAAGACCAGUAUAACAACCAAAAUUUUGCACAUCAUGGCUAUACAGAUAAUAAUGCCUUAAACAGUAAGCACAGAUCACAUCAGCGAAAAUGUAGUUGGGCUGAAGAAGGAGAAAAGAUAAACCCUCAAGUCACACCUAUGCUGCAUUCCUUAGCUCAGGAAGGAAGAAAAUGCUCUGGUAGUUUUUCAGAAAGUGGAAAAGAAAAGGAGCCCUUCUUAGACGGAGGCAAGCAAUCACGUAGGAGUGACCGUUUUGCAACAACCCUACGGAAUGAAAUUCAGCAGAGGCGAGCACGUUUGCAGAAGAGCAAAAGUACCGCAACCUUGACAGAUUCUAGUGAAAUGGAGAAUCCACAAAAUUGGAGUCAAGAUUCUGUGGAAAACAUGAAUCCUCCUUCGGAUGGUUCUUUUUCAAGUACAUACAAGAACCAUCUAAAGGAGGCUCAGGCAAGAGUCUUAAGGGCUACAUCUUUUCAAAGACGAGACCUUGAGCCUAGUUUGGCGGAACAUCCUUCAGUUUCUCCCGAACGUAGAAUCCAUAGCGCAAAUAUGUCCAUGUCUGUAUAUUCACCAGAAACAUCUCCUUCAUCCACAGAUCAGAUUCCAUCAAAGCAAAAUGUAGUCUCUAACAGCUCUCAAAAUAUAUCUCGUAUAGGAGGGAGAAAACGGUUUACUGCCCAGCAAAAGCUCAGAUCCUAUUCAGAGCCUGAGAAAAUUAAUGAAGUUGGCAUUUAUGAAGACGAUCAUUAUUAUCACAGUGCUGGUGCAACCAAAGAAGCUGUGGGAUCUUUUGCAGACAGAUGGAAAUUUUUUGAAGAGACCAGCAAAUCUUCACAGCCAAAACAUGUCCCCAAACCAAUCCCACCCCACCAGGCCGAUGUAAGAAAUGGUGCACACCAUAUUAAAGAGAUUGAAAAAGAACCUCCAGAACCCUGGCAUGACAAGAGGGCUCGGGCUGUAUCAUUGGGACCUGCAAACUUAUUUGAGCGGAAUAAGAAUCCCACCGAACAAUUUCAAGAUGUUACUAGUAGGAGUACUGAUAAUAUUUCAUCUGAACAGCCGCAAAGGUUAGGGACAUUUGCUGAAUACCAAGCAUCUUGGAAAGAACAGAAAAAAACUUUGGAGAGAAAGAAUUCUGGGAGAUGCCAUUCAGCUGACAACAUUCUGGAUGCUGGCCUUGAACAGAAUCAAAAAGCACAGUACAUUCAUGAGAGGUCCAGGUCAUCGCCUACAACAGAUUUUUAUGCACAGGGAGCAAUUGUCGAUUCAAAAAAACAGCCAGCAGGCAUUGCAAGGGAGAGCUCUGAGACGGCUUCCCCGACACAGUACAGCAGCAGCAGCAGAGAGGGCUCUUCUGUAAGGAUUGCUGAUGUGGAGGACCCUUCCAGAUUAAAAGACAAUUAUUUGCAUAAGUGGACACCUCCAGGUAAAGCACCUCAGAUACCAGAAACUGUAAGUACACCCCAAGAAAGCAGAGCAAGAUCUGGGACCCUGCCCAGCGAUUAUAGAUUUGUGAAUGAAAAUGUAAAUCAAGGACACAGAGAUAUUGGCUAUUCAGCUGCUGCCAUACCAGAAGCCAGGGCCGUCUCACAUAUAGGAGAAGAGAACCAGUGGCAGGAUCAGACUUCUGUGAACAAAAGGCGUGGACCUCCUCCCCAAAGGCCUCCUCCACCCAAAUUGGAUAACAAAUACUGGAGUCAGAACGGUUCUACAUCUUCUCUUACUACAUCUUCAGAAUCUUUGCUUACAGCCCAAGGAAAAAGCAUACAGUCUGUUUCACCAAACACGUUUGAUUCCACUAAAUCUCAGUCAAUUCAUGUGCCUCCUGAUAAAAAUCUAAAUGUUCUUUCACAUGAUCCACAAUUUUCUGGGUCAUCACAAAAUGAGCAGAACAUAGAGAAGAAGCAUAUUGACCCUCAAACCACAGUGUCUUCAAAGUCUUGCUAUCUUCAAAAACCUGGGAUGGAACCAUCAAGAUCCCCUUCCCCUCAGUUUGCUCCACAAAAGUUAACAGACAAGCCUCCCCUUUUGGCUGAGGAUGUAUCCAGAAUUGAGCGAGUGAUUGACAAUACCACUGUGAAAAUGGUCCCAAUUAAGAUUGUUCACUCUGAAAGCAAUGCAGAGAAAGAAAGCAGACACAACUUGCUAAGUGCAGUUGAACCUCCUGCCUUACCCACGGGACUUGCAAAGGACCAACUCAAGACUCUUAGCACAUCUGAGCAAUCCUAUUCCCGCUUCUGUGCAUACACAAGACAUGAACCAGAUCCCGAGGUCAAUCAAUUAACCCAGGACCCUGUAGGAAACACAAAUGAAAACAAGGCGUCUCACCUUCCAUCUAGCAGCUUGAGGAGCAAAGAUGUUUAUGCUGACUUUAAGUCAGAGGAACUGAUGAGAGAAAUUGUUGGCAAGGAUAAGUCUCUGGCAGACAUUUUAGAUCCGAACACCAAAAUGAGGACCACAAUGGACUUAAUGGAAGGAAUAUUUCAAAAAGAUGAGCACCUUUUAGAGGAAGCCCAGCAGCGCAGGAAGCUUCAUCCAAAAGUCCCGUCUCCAAGACCUCCUGAUGAGAAGAAAGAAGAACAGAAUGCGACAGGAGCCAUUUCUCUGACAACAAGUUCUACGUACUACAGCACGUCUGCCCCGAAAGCCGAGCUCCUCAUUAAGAUGAAAGACAUGCAGGAGCAGCAGCACCCCGAGGAGAGCUCCGAGGACGAGUUGGAUAAGGACCUGUCUGAGAAAAAGCAAGAAUUGAUAGACAGCAUAAGUAGAAAGCUGCAGGUUCUCCGUGAAGCCAAGGAAACUCUUCUAGAAGACAUCCAGUGUAACAACGCUCUGGGCGAGGAGGUUGAAGUAAUCGUAAAAGAGGUCUGCAAGCCAAAUGAGUUUGACAAGUUCCGGAUGUUCAUUGGUGAUUUAGAGAAAAUUGUGAACCUUCUGCUGUCGCUUUCCGGACGUCUUGCUCGGGUGGAAAACGCUCUUAACAACUUGGAUGAAGCGGCUUCUCCUGAGGAAAGGAGAACACUAGUGGAGAAACGGAAGUUACUGACUAGACAACAUGAAGAUGCAAAGGAACUGAAGGAAAACCUAGACCGUCGAGAACGCACAGUGUUCGACAUUUUGGCAAAUUACCUUAAUGAGGAAAAUUUAGCAGAUUACGAACACUUUGUAAAGAUGAAAUCGGCUCUAAUUUUAGAACAACGAGAACUGGAAGAUAAAAUCAAACUUGGGGAAGAGCAACUGAAAUGUCUGACCGACAGCCUUCCACCAGAACGAUUCAAGUAAAGGGACUUUGUAGUCACAAGUGGAGUUCUGGCCAACCUUACGUUAUAUGAUUUAUAUUUACUCAAUGUGCAAACAAAUAGCACCAUUCAUGUUUGUGGGUGUCACAAAAAGUGACAAUACUUAACCACUAGCAAUAAUUUCUUGGUUUUGUUCCAAUGCUAUAUUUAAUUUUUUUAUGUUUCACUGUACAGUUUUUCUCCAUACUGUAGACACUUUUAAUCUUUCUUUUAAAAAUGAAAUGUAAAGUUUUAAAUCCAGUUGGAAGAUGUACUCCUAAAUAUACUGCAUGUUAACCUAGAACAGCAUAUGUUUCUUAUCUGUACAGUACAAAUGUGUUCAUGGUCCAGCAGCAAAGAGAUCAAAUAACCAUACAUUGGAUCUCUUAGUGAUAUACAUCAUCUUUUUUUGUAAGCGGAAUUGUUACUUCCCUUUCCUUCUCGCCAGCACCAGCUGUCGCCCCACAUACCGAGGGUUGUAUUUAUGAAGCGGGAAACAUGCUGUUGUCUUUAUUUCUCUUGGAGAAAUACAAGUAACAAAAAAAGUCAAAAUAAAACCAGGUUAUACGAUGAA